GCCUCCACCCUCCCGCGAAGCCUGCACGUGCGCGGCACGAGGGGGCGGGACCUGCCCGGCUGGCGGCGCUAAUUGGCUGUGCCGGUUACUGGACGCAGCGCUGAUUGGCCGAGUGCUUCCCGCCUUCCUCCUUUAGCCGGAGGCUGCGCGGCGUAGGCUGAGGGAGCGCACUCGACGCAGAGCGGGCGGCGGGGGAGGCCGCUUCUCCGGCUGCCCCCUGGCGGACCCUGUUCAGCCGCGAGGCUGAGCCUAGCGCCCGAGGGUGCUUCUACUUGACGGAGGGGCGCAGGUGUGGAGCUGCAGGUUCGAGGCGGGCCCUGGGGCCGCGAGGCUGGGUGGGCUCCGACCGUUGAGGAGGACCUUCGAGGUGUUCAUUUUGAGGAGCAGUUUUUACAUGAAGUCAAAAUGCCAAUAAGACCAGAUCUCCAGCAGUUGGAAAAAUGCAUUGAUGAUGCAUUAAGAAAAAAUGAUUUCAAACCUUUGAAAACACUUUUACAAAUUGAUAUUUGUGAAGAUGUGAAGAUUAGAUGCAGCAAACAGUUUUUCCACAAGUUGGAUGACCUUAUAUGCAGGGAACUUAAUAAAAAGGAUAUUCAAACUACUUCACUCAUUUUGGUUUCUAUUGGAAGAUGUGGCAAAAAUAUCAACAUAUUAGGACAACCUGGACUUACAACCAUGCUAAAACAAGGACUAGUCCAAAAGAUGGUUGUCUGGUUUGAAAAAUCCAAGGAGAUUAUUCUGAGUCAAGGAAAUUCAAAAGACGAAGCUGUUAUAAAUAUGAUAGAAGACUUAUUUGAUCUACUUAUGGUCAUACAUGACAUCAGUGAUGAAGGUAAAAGACAAGUAAUGGAAAGUUUCAUACCUCUAAUUUGUGCCUUGGUUAUUGAUUCAAGAGUGAACAUUUGCUUUCAGCAGGAGACUUUGAAAAAAAUGAAUGCCAUGCUUGACAAAAUGCCGCAAGAUGCCAGGAAAAUACAUUCUAACCAAGAAAUGUUAACUCUCAUGAAUAAUAUGGGAGAAAGGAUUUUAGAUGCUGGAGAUUAUGACUUGCAAGUAGGCAUUGUGGAAGCUUUAUGUAGAAUGACCACAGAAAAACAAAGACAACAACUGGCAUGUCAGUGGUUUUCAAUGGAUUUUAUUGCUAAUGCAUUUAAAGAAAUUAAAGACAGUGAAUUUGAAACAGAUUGCAGGAUAUUUCUGAACCUUGUAAAUGGCAUGCUUGGAGAUAAGAGAAGGGUCUUUACAUUUCCUUGUUUGUCAGCAUUUCUUAAUAAAUAUGAGCUGCAAAUACCAUCAGAUGAAAAACUUGAAGACUUUUGGAUCGAUUUUAAUCUUGGGAGCCAGACUCUGUCAUUCUACAUUGCUGGAGAUGAUGAUCAUCAAUGGGAUGCAGUCACUGUUCCUGAGGAAAAAGUACAAAUGUACAGUGUUGAAGUGAAAGAAUCAAAGAAGCUGCUGAGUAUAAUUCUGAAAAGUGUAGUAAAAAUUGGUAACAGAGAAGGGGAAGAAUUGCUUUUGUAUUUUGAUGCAUCAUUAGAUAUCACUAAUGUGGUUGAAAAAAUUUUUGGUGCCAGUAAAUACCGGGAAUUUUCCAGAAAACAAGGUGUUUCAGUCGCCAAAACAGCUGUGCAUAUACUUUUUGAUGCAAGUGGAUCACAGAUUCUCGUGCCAGAAAGUCAGUUCUCAAACACUGAAGAAGAUCUCACUAAUUUAAAAGAAAAACCUAACUCCCACAAGGAUUUCGCUGGCCCUCUGAAAUGUAUCAGUAACCAAGGGGACAGAAAAAAUUGUCAGCCAGAGAUAAAUACUCCUAGCAAAAGAAAAAUGUCUGAAGCGUCAAUGAUUGUUCCUGGUGCAGAUAGAUACACUGUGAGAAGUCCAGUACUUUUAAUCAACGCAUCGACACCACAAAGAAGAAAAGUUAAACCGCCACUACAAAUGAUGAGUUCUGCAGAGAAAGCUGAUAUUUCUACAUCAGAAAAUGAAGUGGAUAACACUGUAUCACAUAAAUCUAGACCAUCAGAAGAAAGAAAUAGAAGAGCUAAUACAAACAAGCACAUCAAAACUGCAAAAAUUGUAGAAAAGACACAAAAUAAGGACAUUGGAUUCCAAAACGAAAAUUUAAAUAAACUCGAGGAUUUUCAUCCUGAUACACAAGCAGAGGGAGAAAGAGAUAAACCUGUAUUUCCUCAUGUUUUAGACAAUAACUGUGAAAGUAAAAUGCACUCCAAAUGGGCUUGUUGGACACCUGUGUCAAACAUUAAGCUGUGUAGUAACCAAAUAGCCAGUACUUCAUCAGAAGACACAUUUAAUCAAGGUAUUGGCAUCAAUAAGAAACAUACUAAACAAAAAUCAUCCUCUUCAAUAUCAGAUCAUGAUUCUGAAGAAACAGUAAAGGGAAAAUAUAAGAAAGAAGUAGGAGAGCACAACAAAAUAAAUAAAGCAGAAGUCUGCAAAAGAAAUAGUGAACAACAAAAUCAUCCUAAAUACUCAGUACAAAAUAAUACUGAAAAUACUAAACAGAGUGAUUGGCAUAUUGAAUCUGAAACUACUUUUAAGUCAGUUCUCCUAAAUAAGACAGUUGAAGAAUCUCUGAUCUAUAGGAAGAAAUACAUAUUGUCAAAAGAUAUGAAUGCUACUAUUUGUGAUAAAAGCCCUUCUCCUAGAAAAAAUGUGAGAAGUCAGAGAAAAUCAGAGAGAGAAGUGACUUCUGAGCUUGAUUCCUUGGAUUUGAAACAAAACAUGAGAGAAAAGUCAAAGGGGAAGGGGUUUACUGAUGCAGCAGAAUCCUUGAUAAACCAAAUUAAUAAGAGGUACAAACCAAAAGAUGACAUAAAGCCCACAAGAAGAUUGAAUGAGCCUUUGAUUGACAGUGGUUUUUCAAACAAGUCUGACCUACAGAAUGGUAAGGGAAAAGUUCAGAAAAAAAGUUACAGAAAACUGAAGACUACUUUGGUUAAUGUUACUUCUGAAUGCCCAUUGAAUGAUGUUUACAAUUUUAAUUUGAAUGGAGCUGACGAGCCUAUUAUAAAACUUGGAAUACAAGAAUUUCAAGCAACAUCUAGAGAAGCCUGCAUGGAUAAUUCAGUGAAACUGGUGAAUUUAAGGAAUCAUGAUGAACUUGAACCAUCUUUCAAAACAAAAGAUAAAAGAAUUAUGUCAAAUUGGAGAAAGAAAAAUAUCUUUAGUGAUACUGAAACAGAAUAUAAAUGUGAUGACAGCAAGACUGAUAUUAGCUGGCUAAGAGAACCAAAGUCAAAACCACAGCUAAUAGACUAUAGCAGAAAUAAAAAUGUGAAGAAAUAUAAAAGUGGGAGAUCAAGACCAUCUAUGGAUAAGGGCCAGCGAAGAUCUAAAAUGGUACCCAAUAAAAAUACCAUCCAAAAGGUAGAUGAGACAGUUCCAGAUGGGAGAACCAGACUCCCCCGAAAAGCAACAAAAACCAAGAAAAAUUACAAAGAUCUCUCAAAUUCAGAAUCAGAGAGUGAACAAGAAUCUGCACAUUCACUUAAAGAGAAACCUCUAGUAAAGGAGGAGAAUAUCCAUUCCAGAACCAAAAACAUGAAACUACCAAAGAAACAACAGAAACUCAUCUUAACUGAGACACAAAAAGAACUAUCAAAAAAACAGAAAAAUCCAUCUCUGCUAAAAGAUGCUAUAAGAGAUAAUAACCGUGACUUAUCUCCUAUAUCUUUAGCUGGGAGUCCAUCAUCUAUAGAAGUAAUGAGAUGUGUGGAAAAAAUAACAGAGAAUGAUUCUACUCAGGAUUAUGACUGUAUAACAAAAUCUCUAUCACCUUAUCCAAAAACUUUAUCACCUGGAUCUUUAAACAGUAGCAAUAGAGUUGGAAGUCCAGUAAACUCACCAAAAAACAGUGGGAUAAACUUAAUAUGUGCAAGUGUAAGUUGCUCACCAAUUCAACCACCUCUUCUUCUGCCCAGUCAUACUCCCAGAAAGAUUAAAACUGUUAUGAAUAAACAAAACAUGAAUUCUGUGAUACUUACACAAGAAACACAAAAUUCUAACAGCUAUUCAGAUGUAAGCAGUUAUAGUUCAGAAAAACAGUGUAUGGAAAUUGAAUCUCUACAUAACAGUGAAAAUCAUACACAAAGCGACAGAGAGGAAAGCCGUUCAGCAUCUCCAUUAUCCAUGUCUAGUGAAAGAAGAGAGAAAAUAUGCUUUGGCAUGACUCAUGACACUACUCAGAUAUCAGGCCUCGCUCAGCAUCUUAGUUGCAAACGAAUGUAUAUAGAAGAUAACGUAAGUAAUUCCAAUGAAGUGGAAAUGGAAGAAGUAAGGAGCAUACACUUACUUCCCAAAAGGGUCUGCAAAACUGAAGAUGUAGAUCAUCACACCUACAAAAUGUUCGAAAGUUUAUCUCCAUUAUCAACAAAUGAGUGCUUUAUUCCUGAGAACUGGAAAAAUCACCUUCCAGGUGCAGGCAUGAUUUGUGAGAAGCUUAAUUCCCAGUUUAAGAGGAAGAUUCAUAUCCGACAUAAAAUGACAGAUUAUUUUACGAAGCAGUCUUGGAAAACAGUUCAGCAGCAUGUGAAAACAAUGAACCAUCAAAUUCAGGAGUAUAGGAUUAAAAGACUUGAUAAAUUCCAGAUGAACAUCAUGGAACAGCUAGAGAAUUUUGAAAAAGAUUCACAGUCUUUAGAAGAUUUGGAGAAGGAAUUUGUGGACUUUUGGGAAAAGAUACACCAGCAGUUCAGAGAAUAUCAGAGAAGUGAAGAGCAGAGGCUUCAUCUUCUGAAAACUUCACUAUAUAAAAAUGUCUUCUAUAAAACUGAUUAUGAAGAAACUGUUUUUACAUCAGAGGUGGGUUCAAUGAAAGAAAAUUUGAAAAUGCUGCAAGAAAGGCUUCUUAUGGAAAUGCAAGAAGAGGAACUUCUUAACGUACACAGAGGACUGAUGUCAUUAUUCAUGGCUCAUGAUAGAAAUGAUGAGUGAAAUCUAAUUGUGAUGCAUUUUUCUAAUUACUAUUUUUUGUGUGUAACUAAGGAAAUAGAGGAGUACCCCUACAAAAAAGUACAUGUUACCAGGCAAGUGUAUUCUGUAGGCCCUCCCAAAUUCACAGACAUGUCUUCUUACAGAUCACAUAGAACCACUGUAACGUGACUGCAAGCGCAAAAGACAGUGUGCACAGUAUUGUUUUUCCUUUUGUAGAGAGAAAAUUUUGGAAAACCAGUAAAUGAAGUUGGCUUAUUUUUGUUGUAAUACGUAAUUAACUAUAAUCACAAAAUUGGCUUAAUAAAUUUUAUUAUAUAAUAUACAUAAAAUUUUAUAUAGUUUUAGAUGAAGUAAAGUAUAUUAUCUAAAAUUUAUUUAAUAGUUCAGAAUAUGUAAGUAAUAAAACUGUAGCCACACUUAGAGAAAGGAGAAAGUCCCUGAUUUACAAUGUUUACCUGUGUGGUAGAUCAGUACUUUCAGCACACUUUGGGAGAUAAUUCAUAGGGUUAUGGCUCCAAUGUAUUAGCAGAUACUAAAUGGCCUAAAAUUGGUAGUAUAUUGCCUAAAAUAUUUUAACUCAAUGUAGAAAUUUUAACUCGUAAGCAUGCUGUUUGUCAAGUACAUUUUAAGCUCCUAGUUUUCAUUGUAAUAUUUUGCUGGAUCAUUCUAUCAAAUAAAGUGAAUAUUUGAUUUGUUUUGCUAUAUUAAAGUUGAAAUAAAUUCUAUUUCACUUGAUUAACUUA